AUGUCUGGUCUAAAAGGAAGCUUUAAACUUCCUUCGCUGAUUAAGAAACGAAGAUCAGACCAUGGCCUGCCAACGUUUAAUUGGAGUUUGCUGACGGAUAUCCAUGAGAUUGGCAGUGGUGCUUUUGGUUCAAUUUAUAAAGCAAAAUACGACAAAAAAGAGGAUCUUGUUGCGGUUAAGCGGCUAAAAGGUGAAUCAGCCAUUUCAAAAGAUCGCUUUUUGAAGGAAGCAAAGUUGCUUUUCAAUUCAAAGCAUACCAACAUCGCACGUUUUCUUGGUUUCUGCGACAAUCCUUAUUCCGUAAUGAUCAAGUUUCUUUACUUCUCGUUUACUCCAUUCGGAAUCGAGAAAACAGCGAUUGUUUGUAAAGUCACGGACUUUGGUCUAAGUCGAUCAUUGCACGCUCAGACGAAGUCAGUUCUUCAGUCGCGAACAGAUGAUGUCACCAGAGGAACGCCUGUGUAUAUGGCACCUGAAGAGAACGGACAUUUGGUCACUAGAGAAGCGACUGACGGUGGACUUUCUGAGAACAAACUUCAGGCCUUGAUGAAAAAAGGAUAA